CGGCCAACUAAUCCAAUUGCCGAAAUUCCACCCGCCAUCAUGAGCACGCCGAAUUCUGUCGUCUCGGACCCGCGCUUCAGCAAAGUGCACAACGAUCCGCGCUUUGCCCGCAACUCGAAGAAGCGCAACAAGGUCCAGCUCGACAAGCGCUUCCAGGCUGUCUUGACCGACAAGAAGUUUCAGAGCGUCCAAGGCAAGUACGACAAGUAUGGUCGCCGCAUUGAGGAGCAAGAGAACGAGAUGAAAAAGUACUACAACCUCGAAGACGAGGACGAGGACAAGGCGGACGACGAUGACAACGACGACGAUGACAACGACGGCAAGACCGACAAGCCCAUGACGGCGGCCGAGAAGCGCAUUGCGUACCUGAACAAGAUGGCGCGCGGCGAGCUCAGCGACGAAGCCGCCGGGUCGAGCGACUCGAGCGACAGCGACGACGAGGACGCCGAGGUCGACGACGAAGCGACGCAUGAGCCUGCUGAGGAUAUUCCCAUGGGCGAUGAGACCAAGCGGUUUGCGAUCAUGAACUGCGAUUGGUCUCGCAUGCGUGCGGUGGACCUCUACGCGCUCUUCGAGUCGUUCGUGCCUGCGGGCGGCGUCGUGCACGACGUGACGAUCUACCCGUCCGAGUUUGGCUUGCGACAGAUGGCCGAGGAUGAAAAGUACGGUCCCCGCGGUCUCUGGGACGAUGAGAAGAAGACGGAAGAUGGCGAUGACGACAGCGAAGACGACAGCGAAGUCGACGAGGAUGAUCCACUCGGCAUGAAACAGUCGGCGUCGAAUGAAGAAGAAUUUGACAAGGAAAAGCUCCGCAACUUUGAGCUUCAGAAACUCAAGUACUAUUACGGUGUCGCGAGUUUCAACACGGUCGCCGCGGCGAGCGCUGUCUUCGACGCGUGCGACGGCCUCGAGUACGAGACGUCGGCCAACACGCUCGACUUGCGCUUCGUGCCGGACGAUGUCACCUUUGCACAUGCACCGAAAGAGAAGGCGACGUCCGUACCCGACUCGUAUACGCCGGCGAUCUUUGCGACGCUCGCGCUGCAAAACACGGAGCUCGAGCUGACGUGGGAAGCCGACGACGGCGAGCGCAACGAGCGCCUCACGCGCAUUGCCAACUGGAAGGACAUGCACGACGACGAUUUCGCCCAGUAUGUGGCGUCCGAAGGGUCGUCGUCCGAAGAUGACGACGACGACAAGGCGUCGAGCGCGGCCAAGGUCGAGAAGCUCAAGCAAAAGUACCGCGCGGCGCUGCUCGGCGACAUGGCCAACGACGCCAACGACGGCGACGACUCUGGCUUCAACGACGACUUUUUCGGGAAAGAUGAAGCUGGGGACGGCGGUAUGGAGAUGACGUUCACGCCGGGCGCUGCGAUCCUCGAAGCGAAGAAGCAAAAGGAGCUCGAAGCGAACGAGACGCCGUUUGAAAAGUACCAGCGGGAGAAGAAGCUCGAGAAGAACGAGAAGAAGCGCAACAAGAAGCAGGAAGCCAAGGCCGCGCACGCGGCGCAGCUUGAAGCACUCAAGCAGGCCAAGAAGGGCAAGCACGCGGCGGCCAAGAAGGCCGACGACGUCGUUGGCAGCGACGACGAUGAGCGGGACUUUGACAUGAAGGUCAUUACCAAGGUCGACAAGCACAAGGAAAAGAAGGGCAAGCGCCACAAGAAAGAGCUGGCCAAGCUCGAGAAGGCCGCGGGCCGCCAAGCGGACUUCACGUUCAACGCUGCCGAUGAUCGUUUCGGCCAGCUGGUCAACAACAACCCGGAUUUUAGCUUGGACCCGACCGACGCGCGCUUCAAGCGCACGGAAGCCACCGAAGCGAUCUUUGAGGCGCGCCGCAAGAAGCAGUCGCAGCCGACGACGGCCACGCCGACGUCGACGACCGAGGCGAGCAGCGGUGGCAAGGGCGAACUCAAGUCGCUCGUGGACUCGCUCAAGCGCAAGGCCCAAGCACCGCCCAAACAUGCCAAGAAGCAGCGCUUUUAAAUGACCGUUCGUACUAACUCCUAGAAACCUAUACUACUACUCCUACUACGUUUAUGCAGUCGCUUCCGCUGCUGUCGCUUUAUGCACUGACUUUGUGGAG